AGAUCUGAAAAAAAUGCUAGGUGGACUGUACGGAGAUCUUCCUCCGCCGUCAGAUGAUGACAAACCCAGCGGAAACUCCUCCUCCUCCGUCUGGUCCAGCAGUACCAAGAUGGCUCCACCGACACUCCGCAAGCCACCGGCUUUUGCUCUGACGCAAACAAUCCUCAGACCUCAAAACAAGCCCAAGCCCAAGCCUAUCCCCUCGCAGUACAAGCCUCCUCCUCCUUCUUCCUCCCCCCAGUCGAUCCUUACUGCAGCACCAUCGCAACCGGCAUUGGUUGGUGUGACCUCAUCGGUGAUUGAAGAGUACGAUCCAGCGAGACCCAACGACUACGAGGAGUACCGGAGGGAGAAGAAGAGGAAAGCCGUGGAAGCUGAGAUGAAGCGAGAGCUGGACAAGAGGAAGCGAGAAAGAGAUCGCGAUCAGCCUCCUCCUCCUCCUCCGCUGAACAUCUCCGGGGAGGAAGCGUGGAAGAGACGUGGUGGCGGCGGGAAGCGAAGAUCCUCCUCUCCUCCGCCGGAGACGUCUCCGAGUGGGCAGAUGACGGCAGCGGAGAGGAUGAUGGCGAAGAUGGGAUGGAAGCAAGGACAAGGGCUUGGCAAGUCAGAGCAAGGGAUCACCACGCCCUUUAGAGCUGGCGUCAUUGUGAAUGCUAGUGAGAAUAAGGUCAAGAGUGUCAGUAUCAGUGGAGAACCAACCAGAGUCUUGCUUCUUAGAAACAUGGUUGGACCAGGAGAAGUAGAUGAUGAGCUAGAAGAGGAAACAGUGACUCGUGUACUGAUAUUCGAGAUCACUGAAGCCAACUUCCCUACACACGAAGCAGUAAGAAUCUUUGUUCAGUUUUCAAGACCCGAGGAAACAACUAAAGCCCUUGUGGACCUGGAUGGGAGAUUCUUUGGAGGCAGGACCGUGCGUGCAACAUUCUACGAUGAAGUGAAAUUCAGCAAGAACGAGUUGGCUCCAGUACCGGGUGAAAUCCCUGGCUAUUAAAUUAACGAACUCUCUCAAGAAAAGCAGGGAAGAAGAAGAAGACACUUCUUGUUCUCUGCAAGAAUCUUUGAUAGAAUAAAGAUUGAUGUUUUUCUAGUAUUAUUUGUAAAAGUUCACUUGAGAUCAAGAAGGUGUUCCCUUUCUCAUUCAAACACCGUUUCCCCGAUUAUUACUAGAUUGCU